AUGGGGCAGGACACCAAUAUGCUAAACACCCACCAACAGUUGGUCAAGACCACAGCGGAGAAGCCAGGGCAGGACACACGCCCUCAGGCUCCAGGGACGGCCACAGGGCUGCUCCAGCUUCUGUCAGGCGCUGUCCCGGCAGAGGAGGGGAGCCUGGGGAGCGGUGAUGGAGUGCCCCCUCAUCGCCAGCAGCAGAGGUCUCACAGCGCAGGACAGACGGCAAAGAAGGACCGGGCACCCUUGAGCCGGAAGAAGAAAGGACAUGGCUCUGCCGAGGCCGAGGAUCUCUUCCUCCUGCCACCUCGGAAGCCCUCCUUCCCCUUCCAGUGGGCCUGGGAGAGCUUUACCUUGGAUGGCCGGGUCCUGCUUCAGCCUGGCUCCCCCUUGGCCUCUGGACACCAAGCCCCAGCCCAGGGCGCCCGGGGCCUGCCCUUGCCUCCAGCGGUCUUCCAGUCUCAGCACCAGCCCAAGUCCAGGCGCAAGUCCACGACCAACCUCCCAGGGCCCCAUGGCUUCUGCCGGAAGACGGAGGCGCCAAACGUGGACAGGAGACGGCAGCCAGAGGCCUGGGGUGGCAAAGGGGAGCACCAGGGGCGGGAGCAGUCCAGCGAAUGUGGCCUCUGGCCACCUGGAGAGGGGUGGGGACCCGAAUCUGAGGAGGCUGCUGAGCCUGAAAGCCAGGGUGCUGAGGAGGCCGAGCAGGCUCUGAGCCCUGGGGAACUACCCCAGAUCCCCAGGAGGGAGCCAGGCUGGGAGCAGGAGGAUGCAGAGGAGGCUGAGGAAAGGGAGCAUAGGGCCCUCCACAGGAGGAAGGCCCGGUCUGGAAGGAAGGGGCGGAAUUCUGGUGAGAAGAACUCGGACAAGGGUGAACUGCAGGACCACAGCCAGGGGAGCAGCUCCAGCACCAAAGACCUCUGCAAGGCGCAGAGGAGGAAGCCGAGGGCCAAGGAGCUGGAGGGACCAUGGGACCUGGAGAAGCUACAGAGGCAGUUACAGCAGGACUUGGAGGAACAGGGCCUCUGUGGGACCCAAAAGCAGCCCUGGAAGGUUUUGCGGGCUGCUGUCCAGGCCUCCAGCCGGAGUGGGAAGACUCAUGCCUUGGGAGAUGCCGAGACUUUCCUGUCCUCCAGCUUCCCUAACCGCACCUUCCACAAACGACAGGAGGCCACCAGAAGCCUGCUGCAGUCCUGGGAGCGGCAGCAGCAGGAAGAGCAGCAGCGGGCUGAGCUGCGCCGGGCCCGGGAGCAUCGGGUACAGCAGCAGGUAGCUCGCUGCCUGGCAGCCUACGCACCCAGAGGGAGCCGCAGGCCAACAGCCACCCGCUGCAAGCUGGAGGAGCUGAGGCGCCAGGAGCGACAACGCUUUGCUGAGUACCAGGCGGAGCUGCAGGGCAUCCAGCACAGGGUCCAGGCACGGCCCUACCUGUUCCAGCAGGCCAUGCAGGCCAACGCCCGGCUCACUGUGACCCGGCGCUUCUCCCAGGUGCUGUCGGCACUAGGCCUGGAUGAGGAGCAGCUGCUGGCUGAGGCAGGAAAGGAAGACAAGGAGGGCACCUCCAGGAAACCUAGGUCUCCCUGGGCAUGGGAGCGGGGUGGGGAUCAGGAGACGCCGAGCACAGCAGCCUCCAUCUGUGUGUGGUCAAUAGGGGUGAGAAUGGAGCACCCUUUUCAGAGCGCCCCAAGGACAGAACACAGACCCACCAGCAGCCAGCCUGACAGACCCUCCACCCCCAGCCCAGAUGCAGCAUCUAGUCCCUGA